UCGAUGAGUUCAUCUUCUUCACUAACGAUUCUCAAUCCUUUUCCUCCUAAAUCCUCCAAGAUUCAUUCAAACACGUCGUUAUCUCCGCCGUCUUACCUCUGUCUCGUCCGCUGUGGUCGAUCCUUUCCGGGCGCUGCUUCUGCUUCCACCGAUUUCGACUUCGCCUUGCAAGAUGCCCUUGAAUCUUCUGGAAUCGAUACCUCUCACGCUAGAGAGGCCAGGAAGGGUUUCGUUUCACAAAUUAAAGAAUUAUCCAAUAUCAAGAGGGAAACAAGUAUUAGUAUAAAUAGAGGCGUUGAUCUCUGGAAAACUGCUCUUUACAUAGCAGCAGAGGAUGACUCUCUCGUUUCGCAUUCUUCCUUUCCUUUGCCGGUGGAUGCUUUUCUCGAAAGAUUGGACGAUCUUUCCAUGGGCUACUGCUCUCACUAUAAUUCGUCAUGCAGGUCGUAACGGGAGAAUUUUUUGGAGAGCAUAGAGAAGUAUUUGUAUGUCAGAAAGGGCUUUCGGAGAUCUAUGACCAAGAACCAAGCAGAGCCACGAGCCCUCUAUCUUCACUCUGUAUGAAAGGAAGCCUUUCUAUCUUAUCAUUUUGUAUGUACUUCUGAAUGACAUACCCUUUUAUGCGGGAUUUUU